UCGCCACUCGAGCCUGACAACAUGUGCUCCGGUGCAGAAGACUUCAAUAAGGAUGUGAUUAUAUUGUUGGCUGAAUAUUCAAAGAAUCUAGAAACAUGUAUCGGCAUGAUGUAUACGUGUCACCAGUGAGCGUUUAUACAACAUACGUUUUGUGACGCGUAUUUUACUAACACCAUUUUUUCAAAAUUUUGUCAAUAAUUUGGGUACCUAACAACAAUGAUGCAAAUAUCUUCAUAGACAGAAAUGUUUCAAUGGAGCGAGAGAAAUAAACAGCGAGUUUAAAGUUAAAGAUGUGCCAAAACAUAAGGAGAAAAUAUAUAACAUCGUAUAAUAUGUUUUGCAUGUUUAAUAUGAAGCACAUACGGAAUAUAAUGUUGAUGUUUCUCUCAGCAACAUGGCUGAUCCUAAUGUAUAUCGUCAACAUUUUUCUUUUUUCUAAAGGGAAUAAUCUAUAUUUGAUAAAAUAUCUUGGAGUUGAUACCUUCUCUGACGCCUCUCUUAUUUGGAACGAAAGACAAAAGUUGACUGUUUUCAAAAGGAUAGAUACAACUCCGGAAUUAACGGGAAAGCUUCCGUUUCUAUCAAAUUACAAGUGCCCUUGUUGGUACGAAGCCGCACCAGAAUCAGGCCGGAAGUUGCGAUGUUUGCCCUACUUUUACGUCAUUGGAGUCCCGAAAUGCGGAACCACAGAUCUGUGUAACAGGAUAAUGAUGCACCCGCUGAUUUCUGACAAAGUGAUGAAAGGGAACCAUUGGUUUACCGAAUACAGAUACGGUAAAGGAAGAUUUGCAGCACUCUCAAAUUAUCUUCAGCUGUUUGACUAUGCAGUGGAAACUGAUAUUAAAGGAAUACAAACACAAAAUGGAUAUCACAAUGCAAUAUUUGGGGACUGUACUCCAUCUCUUAGUUGGAACAGUCGGCGUUUAUUUGUUCGAGCACGAAAAGGGAAUCAGACUGGAGAGCCACCGUCAAAUGCUGAUAUCAUAAAACAUUUAAAUCCACAUUCAAAAAGCAUCGCAAUUCUUCGUAAUCCUACUGAAAGGUUGUAUUCAGAAUAUUUGUUCUUUAACGAAGAAGGCACAAGUAAUCCCGAGGAAUUUCAUGAACGUGUGCUAAAUUCAAUACGUAAUAUGACUAUGUGUCUACAAAACAAUACUUUACGAUACUGUGUUUACUAUGAAAAGAAAGGAAGGGCAUCAUAUCGCAUGGCGGAGAAGGUUAGGUUACAAGUAGGAAUCUAUCAUGUGUUUCUUGAAGACUUUUUGAAGGCCUUUGGACGGGAACAGAUGUUAGUCAUUAAACUAGAAAAUUAUUCAAACAAAAUAAACGAGACCAUGCAAAAAGUGUUCUCCUUCUUGGGUGUUGGCAGUGUCAGGGACCCAGUCUUGUUCAAAAACAUAACUUCGAUAGGUCGAGCUAAUGUAAGAUCGGGAGGUGAUACACUUGUUGGCGACAUGUUACCAGAAACUAGACAACUUCUUUCAGACUUUUAUAAACCAUAUAAUGAACGCUUGAAAGCAUUGCUUGGGAAAGAAUUUGAUUAUAAUCAAAAUUGAUUCAUUUGGUGGAUUUAUAAACAGCAGUGUUUUAUUAUAUGUGGAUAAUGUUUCUUAACAUGAAAACUGUCUCUUAAGCUACUUUCUUGAGAAAAACUGGAAACUGGUGUACUUCAAUUUCAUAAUAAUUUAGCGCUUCUACUUCGUUUUUUUCCUUGUUGAAAGUCAGUAUUUAGGCAAAAAAAAUGGUUCUGCUUGGAAAAGUGAAACAAGCGAUGGAUUACUUUUUAUGACAAUUUAAUAAUAUGGACAAUGUGUGCACAGGUUUGGAUGUACCUCACAAAACAAUACUGUAUUUCAAGAUUAUAUGAAUUAUCAUAUAAGCAUAAUAGCAAAACAUACUCUCCUAUUUUAAAACAAAUUAUCACAACAGGAUAAAAAAAAUUCUGGUAGUUCACAAGGUUUCCUGAGAUUUCCUGCUGUCCUGUCGAAUCAAUUAUACAAAUUUCUGGCGAUUCAGAAAAAAAAGAGGACAAUGAACAUUGUUUUCUUCUUGUUCUGUAUAUCGUGUGCAAGAAACCUCUACACGAGAAGAAAAUUGAAUAGAAUUGACAGACAUAUUAGGCAUCUUAAUCAUUUACAUUCAGUGACCGACACAGAGGUGAAAAAAUGCCGCCUGGGUUAAAAUGGUCGGCUUUGAUAUACUGUUAUCAUGGAAUUGUAUAUAUCUUGUAUAUUUGGUAUAUAUACUCAUUGCUUUAAGUGCAUUCAUUCUAUCGCAUAUACAGGGACUGACGCGUUGGAUUUUUUUCUACUAAACAUUUGCGAUGAAUUCUCUUGAAACCAUUUUGAAAAACCUCGCAGACAAUACUUUAAAAAUCAUAUUUGCAGUCGUCACCAUAGAAUUUACAGUUAAUAUAAAAACUAAAAGGUGCAGGUAUUAAAGACAUACAUUUGUUCACUCUUUUUUAAAAAAAUUAUUAGUUCAAAGGUUUUACCACAACACCAUGACUUUCUUCAUGGUUUUCUUAACGUCUUGAUAAAAACUUGAUACGUGCAACUUGAGCCGAAACAGGUCAUUUUCUGUACCUCAUCCUUCCUACAUCCUUUGAAACAAAUUCAAAACAAGGAGUCUUGAAAAUGACAUUAUGCCAUGUAGAACUGCUACUGAGCUAAUUGCUGAUCAACGAUAUUAUGUUUCAGUCUCUCAGCAAAUAAAAGCAUGUCUCCUCACUCAGACUGCUGUGAUUAGACUAGUGAAGACAACUGUUAAAUUGCUACUUUACUGCACCUUUCCUAGACUAAGAUAACUUUCAUUGAAUUCCAAAGGGUCUCCGUGACCGAUCGCUUAAGAUUGCUCUGUUCAAAUAUCUUACCAUCGUAGAUUUUAAACCUCGCUUUGAGUGUAGAAUUCUUCAUGUGAAGAAAUUAUAAGGAUGCUUUACGACAAAUAGGUGGUUCUACCAAGGUGUCGUGAUGAAAUCAUGCCUAAAAGUCUACCUCGGGUCUUUCUCUACCAUCUUAAGCUGGCAAAGUCUCCAUAUUUCAUACAUUGUAUCGAUGUGUCUCUUAACUUAACAUAGUACAAAAAUAAACAAAUUCAUCGAAUUACUGAUGGAUUGUCGCGUUUUAAUUCACAACGCAUCGGUUAAAACAUAUGGCGACUUUAGUAAUGGUGAACGAAGAUCCUAGUAACUCCUUUAGGAAUUACUUUAGACAAUGUUAAGCUAAUGCAUAAAAUCCUAAAAUUCUGCACGCUAUCUGAAAGUUAAUGUUAUGUACAUUUAAGAUAACGUUAGGUCAUUAUGAACUAAUUACUUGAUAAUCAUCCAAAGUUUUCUUUAAACAAGAGAGGAGAAGAAGAUAUCUUUUAUUCUAUUUUUAU